CGAUGUAGAAAUUCCUACCUCAAGUUGUCCAACUAGUUUAUACAUUGUCACUGCAAGUUAACAUGUCGGCCAUCGCGUUUCGACCAAUGUCGGUUACUUAAGAACUUUAUGAUCUUGUUCGCGAAGCAUGUUGGGUGUCGUCUUUUUCUAGCAAUUUUCCAUACGUUGGAUUUAGCUAAUCGUUUCACUCAGAGAUUUUACAAAAUCUAUCAAGGACUUUUAAUCCAAGAUUUCACAACAAGCAACUGACAUGGACCAGGAAUCAAGGCGCAAGGGUCCUAGAAGCCCUAGCGCUGAUUCAGACGAUUCUUCGCAUAGACGAAGAAGGAAGUAUGAUCGAUCUCCAUCUCCUAGACGAGCCAGGUAUCGUAGGUCUCGAUCCAGAGACAGAAGAUCUCGCUCAAGUUCUAGAGAUAGAAGAAGAAAGGAUUCCAGUAGAUCUCAAGAUUGGAAGCAGCAAGCUCCACCGUCUCAGUCACAAAGCUCUGUCUCCAAUCCAAACAAUUCUACAGGAUACGUUUCAGCAGUACACAAUCAAUACCAGGCACCUCCACCAAACACAAGUCAACCACCUCCUCCUAUAUCAGCGUACAACCAGGGAUAUAACAACUAUGGUUACAACUAUGGUCCAGGCUAUGACUAUAGUUACCAGCAGCCUGCCGGUUAUCGAAGUGAUUAUCCGCCACCCAACUGGCAAGGAAGUCAAGUGUCGUAUAACAAUCAACAAGCACCACCACCUCCAUCUUUGACACCACAGCAAGAAUCAUCAAGGCCGAUUGAUAGCAGUUCUUCGAAUUUAGUGACAUCCUUGACAAGAACAGAGGAUGUCAAAAAGGAAGCAGCAAUCGCAGCUGAGGUAAAACAACAGAAAGCAACACUAACAAAGCAACGUGAGGAAUAUGUUAAGAAAUCAGCAACACUGCAACGUGAACUGGAAAUCCUACGUCAACAGUGUGACGAAAUAGGCAAAGAAGGUGGACGCGAGAACAAUCGUAUCAUAAAAGAAAACCAAAAGUUGCAAAUCGAGAUACAAAAUAAAAUGAAAUCCAUUCAUAAUGUCAUCGACAUGCUCACUGGCAUUAUCGGUGACAAAGUCACUAUGGAGGAUUUGAAAAACAAGUUUAAACUAGAAUUAAAACGUUCGAGAAGUCCGAAAGAAGACUUCCCGAAAGGAAAGUCUCCCUCACCCGACAGGUCCUCUGCUUCUGAUUCAGAUAAAGAAUCCAAAACGGAAAGAGAUAUUAGAGAGAGAAGAUCGUCGGAGGAUAAGCCAAUGUACAAUUUCGUGCACUAUGACCCCGAAAUGCAUUGGUGUAAAGUCUGCGAUAUCUUUCCUAAGACAGCAAAGGAAUAUUUAAAUCAUCUACAUAGCAAUGAGCACAAAGAGGCAUGCUUAGAACGCAAGAUAGUUGAUAUGCCUUGGCAUGAACGAAAUGGCGAGGGGACAGAAAAAGAAGUACUCCAUUACCCCGGACUGCCGACGAAAAGAACACCCAUCAAAGGACUGCAAUUCUUCAGCGCGGCGACGGCGUGGUACUGCAAACUCUGUGAUUCGUGGAUCGGGGAUCUUCAUUGCGCUAGUUUACACUUGAAAUCCAAGCGACAUUCUGAGAAUUUUUCUCGUUUCGUGGAGCAAAAUCCACAUUGGGAAACAGACUGGAUGGCCGAUCGUGAGAAGGCAUUCUCCGAGGAGAAGCACAAACAGAUACAACUGGAGUUGCAGAAGCAGAAGGAGGACGAUCCGCCAGUGAAGUCGAAGAAAUCUAAGAAGAAUAAGAAAAAGUCGAAGAAAGCCAAAAAACGCAGGAAUAGAAGUAGCGCAAGCGAGACGUCUAGCGAGUCUGACAAUUCUGACACAGAGUCCGAUCAGGAUACCACCAAGAGCAUACGUGUAGCUAUGCGAAACAAAAUGAAGGCUUCGACACAGGCGAUCUUGAACGAGGAAAUUGAUUAUCCUCGAUUGAAGCUCAAGAGCCACUGGUCAAAAUCAGCUGUGCAAACAGGCCAGUCGCCGCCUCCCGAGCAACACCCAUCGGAGCCGGACGAUAGGCAGCUUCUCAAUUCUAUCAGGGACAAGCUGAAAGCCAAACAGGAAGAGGAGAUGAAGAGCAUAAGCAGUCGCAAAAUCGAGAAGCCAAUCCAGGACGAGGAGGACUUGCAGCAGGAUAAUUUCUCAAAGAAAUCGGAAGAACUGGAGGCUUGGGGUCCGAAGGAACCACCAAAGCCGUUCUGGAUAAAGAAGGACGAAGAGAAACCGCAGCCGCAGAUUGUGAAUAAGCCGAUCGAAUUGCCGAAGCCGGAAGAGAUGCCCAAACCACACAUGGGUUUCUGGACAAAGCAGCAAGUGAAUAUGACGGUGAAACCGCCGGAGAGUAGCAGUAAAUCGGUGGAGAAAGAGGAGGACAGGGAUCGUGAUAGAGAUCGAUACAAGGACGAUCGCGAUCGCAAGUACAACAGGUACGAGAGAAGGAGCCGACGGGACCGAGACAGAGACCGGGACAGGGACAGAGAUAGGGAUAGGGACAGGGACCGAGAUCGAGACAGAGAUCGAGAUCGCGAUUACUACGACGAUCGUCGUAAACGGGAUAGCAACGACUCGCCAAGGCGCGAAAGAAGCUGGCGCGACAGUCCCAAGAGAAACUACGAAAAGUACAGCAAAGACAGACGAGAGGAGAACAAUUCAUCGAACGACGAGUCCAAGUUCGAGAAGAAAACGAACGAAUCAGCGUCCAAGUCGAAGAAAGGCGUUGUCCCAGCGAAGAAGUCCACUCCACAGGUGUCCAAGGGCAAGCUACCAUUUAUUGGCAGAUUACCGUUGUUCAAAAAGAAAGUCGAGGAGCCAAAGUUGCCGGAUAAGGAUCUCACACCUUUACCGUAUCAGCAGAGCAAGUUUGAGGAUACGCCAAAGGUGCCCAACGAGAUUAUCAAUCCUCCGGGUGUAGCGCACAUCACCAAGUUAGCGACCCCACUAAGUUUGAACAGCGUGACUCCGUCAACAAAUAAAUCCAACCAGCCUAUGAAGAUUUUGGUGGCGCCGCCGCCGCCGGUACUGAACGAGAGCAAACCAACGCAGCAGGUGGUCGACAUGGAAAUCGACGAUCAGUCUGAAGAAACAGUCAUAGAGGAACAACCGAUAGUGGAACAGCAGAAACAGCAACAACAACAGCAGCAGCAGCAACAGCAACAGCAAUCAUCGAGUGUGUCGAAGCUGCCGCUGCCGCCACAUCCGCCACCACCGCUGAACAGGCCGCCGCCCAGCUACACACCGGUGAAUCAGCAACCGAUGCAGAACAGACCUGUGCAAAGCACGCCGCCACAAUUCACACCGAAUCGUCCGCCGCCACCAUUCAUGUCUAAUCCGCCACCAUUUGUUCAGGCUCCUCCGAGAUUCCCACCUCAUCAUCAGCCUGUGCGGCCGACUAACCAGGCUAUGCCAGCCUUCAUGACAGCACCACCGCCACAGAUACCGAAUGCUCCGUCCGGUUUCGUACCAAAUCAUCAGAAUCCACCACCACCGCCUCUCCCGUCGGUAGAGGGCGCAGUGCAUUCUGAUGUGGCCGACAUACCGGAACCGAGCGAGAAACGACCUGCGGAUCCUAGCAUUCCGCUGCCAGACGAUCUGCAAGAAGCUCUCAACAUCAUCUUCCCCAAGGAAGAGGCCGCAGAGACCAAGCAGCAGAGUCACCAGGAGGCCAAUGUCAUGUAUUCCUCGAUGUACAGUAUGCUCGGAUGCGUGGGUUACGGGCCUGAAUACAUGGAUCAGCCGCCGCCUGAGAUCAUGCAGGCUGAAGCGGAGGCGGACACUCAGCCUGGACCUGACGAUUUGCGCAUGUUAGGUAUAGAUGAAGGAGACACGAUCCUGUAAAUUCCAGGGAGACACAGGCGUACGCACAUAUCGGAUACUAGCGGUUUUCCUAUCUCCGCCGGCCGAUAGAGCGAUUAAUUGACUUACAGAUGCUUAUUGUACACUUGAUGAUAUCUUGUUGCGCGAUAAGUGAUGCGCAAAUAUACUGACACACACAUAAAAACACACACAUACACAUACAGUGGCUGUUCAUUAUGUACUUCGUACAUUGAGACCGAGCAUGUGAUAAGCAAGAAAGGAAGAGGAGAAACGACCGUACUCAGGACGGUUGUGAGAUACUGUGAGUAUACAUACUUAACACACAUUCAUAUACAUAUACACGUAUAUACAUACACAAUGAGUGCAUGGGCUCUGUAAAAAUUACUUAACGAUACAUAUGAAAUUCUGUACGAAUUUUCUGUUAGACUGUAACAUUUGUUAACUUGUUAAACGUAAGAUUAUCGUCUCCUUUGUUUCUCAUGGAAUUUGUCUGUCUCUUGGUAUUCACGACGCACCCUUGUGCAAUUAAUAUCCGUAUCGCAUUAUUUUUAUUAUCCGCUACCACGAUAAUAUAAUGUCCGGUGAUGUGGAAUUUUUUCUUUCAUAUUGCUACAAGAAUUGUAAUAAGAUUACAGAAGUUUGAUAAACGUUUGCGGAUAAAUCUGCGGAUAACAGUUUUAUGAUUUGUUACCGUUAUAUUUUGAAAACAUUACAACAUAACAACGGAUGAUAUAGAGGAUAAGUAUGUAGUAUCAAUAAAAAGAACACACACAUGCCACAUUGUGUCACUCGAACAUA